UUCCAUGGUGCAAUAUAGAGCCCUAACUCCAGUUUUGCUUUCUCCAAAUUGCACAUUCUUGACAUCUCUCACAAUGGUUUCAAUGGUAAGUUACCUUUUGAUUACUCCCAUACUUUAACAGCCAUGAAAACUAUUGAUGUUAAUGAAUCAACAUAUAUUGGGGGAGCAACCGAUAUUGUUAACAAUGGCAGUACUUACGCGUUGACACUGACAAGCAAAGGUGUGCAAAUUGUGUAUUUGUAUAUCCUAAAUAUUUUCACUACCAUUGAUUUGUCAAGCAACAGAUUUGAAGGAGAGAUUCUAGAAUCUAUUGGGAUUCUCAAGUGUCUUCUCAUGCUCAAUCUUUCCAACAACAAUCUCAUUGGUCAGAUUCCAUCUUCGUUAGGGAAUCUAACAGAGAUUGAAUCCUUGGACCUUUCUCAAAACAAUCUCUCAGGAAAGAUACCUCAGCCACUAACCCAACUCACGUUCCUUGCGUUCUUCAAUGUCUCUUUUAAUCAUCUCAGAGGGCCGAUUCCACGAGGGAGGCAAUUCGAUACAUUUCCGAACAAUUCAUAUGAGGGAAAUUUAGGAUUGUGUGGAGACCCUUUGUUGAACAAAUGUGUCAACUCAGAGGCAUCACUGCCUCCACCACUACCUUCGAACUUCAAACAAGAUGAUGAUCAUUCAUGGCUUGCAAUUGAUAAAAGUGAUUGGAUUGUGAUAUGCAUGGGCUAUGGAGGUGGGUUAGUAGUUGGGUUGAUCAUUGGGCACACUUUUGCCGCAAGGUAUCAUGAAUGGUUUGUCAGCACCUUUGGAAGGAACCAAAAAAAACAGAGGACAAAAAAGAAUGGGCGAAGAAGCCAAAUUUGAUGAGCCCAUAUUCGUUCAUGGCUUUGUAGACUUUUUCGUCUGGAGGUACAUCAAGGAAAUGAAGAAUUUCAGCUCCACCAUGGAGUUUCCACCAGCUAUCAGGUAUGUGUGUUGCAUUGUGUUUCUUUUUACUUGUUUGCAUUUGUAUUCAAUGCCAAACUCUGAUCCUCUAGAGUGGCUUCUCUUAAUAAGAUACAUGUCAUUAAAGAAAAACUUUUGUAUACUUAUAGUAUAAAAUUUGCAACUCCAAAAAAAAAAAAAAAAAAAAAAAAAAAAAAAAAAAAAAAACAUGUUAAUUAUGUCGAAAUGUUAUCUAUUGUGUGGUUUUGGACCGCAGUUACAGAAUACUUGUUGCAAAAAGGUAGUGUUUUAGAUAAUUAUUCAAAAGAUGCAUCAAAGCCAUGGGUAAUGCAUGUUUGACAUUUUGGCAUAAAUUCUCAAAUAUAUGGUUGGCCUGUAAUUGUUAUUAGAAGUUAUUUUAUUUAUUUUUGUUUUUUUAUUUUUUUGUGUGUAAAGAGCCAAUAUAUUAAAAUCCGCGACUAAAAACAAAGUAUAUACAAUUCAAACUCAAAAGAAAAUAGCCUUUUGAGAAAAUAAAAUGUCACUCAAUCAAUGGCUAUAGUUGAUGCUAUUUUCUCUAAUUUUUAGAGUGUAAAGUUGAGGAUUUAAGUUUUCAUAAGAAUAUUGCUAUGCUUGUAUAAUUAUUUGUUUGGAAAAAUAAAAUAAAAAAACUUAUGCCUAUGUAAACUUAGUUCUUUUAGAACUAUUUUCUUCUUUUAGAGCUAGCUAGUUUAUUAAAACUAGAACAAAACAAGCUAGGCUUACAGGCAUCCGAUAGAAGACAGGUGAUAUUAUUGUGAUUAUAUUGGUUAAUAUAGUACAUGGUAGAUUUAUCUAGGCAUCUCUUGAUAUUAUGAGUGUGACCUUACUGGCAGAAAGAAAUUGUAGAAGGCAUACAAAACACAACUCAGUUUAAGAUUAAGAACACCAAAUAUCUUAAUUAUAUAGUAUUUGGAUUCCCUUAAUACCUUUCUGGCAGAAAAAUAUAUAUAUACAGAAUUAAGUAAAUUGAUAAAACACAACAUUCAUCGAAUUAAGUAAAGAAUCAUUUUUUCAAUUCUGCAAAUUUUUUUAGUUUUUAUAACUAUUUAUCGAAUUAAGUUAAUCUUUGUAUUUUUCAAUUUAAUAUAGCAGUCAAAAAAACGUCGUUUGGGGAUUAAAAAAGAAAAUGAAACUUUGUUUCUCAUUUUAAAUUUGAAGAUAGUUGAAAGUCAAUAUCAGAAGUUUGUCAUCACAAAAGAUCCGGUAAAAGUUAAAUAAAAUAAAAUAAAAUUUGAAACAGGUUGAGAAUGAGUUAUUGACCCAUUCAAUACUAUCGGCCACACCCACCCAGUUCCCACUCCCAUAUGACUAAUGAAGAACCAUUAAUAUUUAAGCUGAAAAAAGAAUAAUAAUAAUAAUAAUAUAUCCAAUAUCUAUAUAUAUAUCGCUGUAAAUUCCAAAAUUAACCUUUUUUAAGUACCAAAAUUGACCUUUGCUGCUGUGAAGAGAUUAAUUUAAACAGGGGUAAUAACGUCACAAGGCUGACCUAAAAAAAAUCCUAGUACUCGAGCAUGGAGAAGCAAAAUAUUAUUCCCUAGUGUUUGGCACAACGGAUGAUUAUAUAUAGCUUUCAACUUUUGUAACUAGUGAGUUAUUAGCAAUUUUUUGCAAAUAGAAUGAUCUUUAUUGUGAUUAAGAAAGAAAUAAAUAAAUAAGUUUGAAAGUAAUCAAAUCUUAAACAUCUUUCUUAUGCAUUAUCAGAUGAGAAAAUAGUUAUCAAGAAAACAGACCAUUUCUUUUUUUUCUUCCUUCCUAAAUUGGAGUAACCUUACUUGGGAAGUAUCAAUGUCAAAAUAUCAAUAAGCAUAAAUAACUUUAAACCAUUACAAAGAUGAGGAAAUAACUUAAAUUACCUCAAUAUGCUCAGAUAACUUAAAACCAUUACAAAGGCAAAACAAAUCAAUCACACACUUGUAGUGCAUUUCACAAUCAUUAAUUACUGCAAAAUAUACAAAUAAACCUAUGACAUUUGGACUUAUCAUUUCUUUGCAAAGUCCUCAUGACUGUAUCAUUCAAGAAAAACAUAUAAAUGCCCUAUGAAACACACAAUUUAACGAUUCUUUGUCAAGUCUCCAUCAUUCGUGCAAAAGAAAACUAUAAACCUUGUGUGUGUCCUUGCCAAGUGUUG